ACCUACAAACAAAUCACACUACACUUCACACCCAUCAUUAUCAUCAUCUCGGAUUCGACAACCCCCACCGAAUUCGACCCGACAAUAUGAGCGCUCCUAUCAACGAAAAGGCUGCGCCCGUCGAGGCGGUCCCCACCAAGGAGGCUGCUGGCGAUGCCCCCGUCAAGAAGGUCCGAGAGUACAAGGACAUGGAGCACGAGGCUCACGAUGUUGCCACUGCCAACGUCGCCCUCGACUCUAUCGGUCUGACCGCUGAGGACCUCUACGACAAGGACAAGGUCGACAUCGAACACGUCUCGAUGGAGGACGUCUUUGUCUUGCUCCAGUGUGACGACAAGGGUCUCACCGAGGAGGAGGCCGCCAGGCGUAUCGGAAUCUUCGGUCCCAACAAGCUCGAGGCCAAGAAGGAAAACGCCUUCCUCCAGUUCUUGUCCUUCAUGUGGAACCCCCUAUCCUGGGUCAUGGAGGGUGCUGCCUUGGUCGCCAUCGCCCUCUCCAACGGUCAGGGCCGACCCCCUGAUUGGCAGGAUUUCGUCGGUAUCGUCCUCUUGCUGUUGAUCAACUCUACUAUCGGUUUCGUCGAGGAAAGGAACGCUGGUAACGCCGUCAAGGCCUUGAUGGACUCUUUGGCCCCCAAGGCCAGGGUCAAGCGAGGUGGUGCUUGGAAGGAGAUCGAGUCCUCCGAGCUGGUUCCCGGUGAUUUGGUCGCUUUCAAGCACGGAGAUGUCUGCCCUUCGGAUUGUCGAUUGGUCGAGGCCAUUGACGUUUCCAUGGACCAGGCCGCUCUUACUGGUGAAUCUUUGCCCCAGGGAAAGAAGCUUGGUGACGAGUGCUUCUCGGGAUCUACCUGCAAGCAGGGAGAGGCCGAGGGUAUCAUCAUCUCUACCGGUGCCAACACCUUCUUCGGUCGUGCCGCCACCCUCGUCGGUGCCGACAACGAUCAGACCGGUCACUUGCAAAUGGUCCUUGCCAGGAUCGGUACCUUCUGUCUCGUUUCGAUCGGUCUCUUUGUCCUCUUGGAGAUCCUCAUCCUCUACGCCGACUUCCGAUACUCGUACCGUGACGGUCUCGACAACAUCUUGGUCUUGCUUAUCGGUGGUAUCCCCAUCGCCAUGCCUACCGUGUUGUCCGUCACCUUGGCCGUCGGUGCUCAGCAGCUCGCCAAGCACAAGGCCAUUGUCACCCGUAUCACUGCCAUCGAGGAGUUGGCCGGUGUCACCAUCUUGUGUUCCGACAAGACCGGUACCUUGACCACCAACAAGUUGACCAUUGACAAGGAGAACGUCAAGACCUACGGUUCCUACUCGGUCGAGGAGUGUAUCCUGUUCGCCGCCUACUCUUCCCGGACCGAGAACCAGGACGCCAUCGACGGAUGUGUCAUUGGAACCCUCUCUGACCCUACCCUCGCCCGAAAGGGAAUCAAGCUCUUGGACUUCAAGCCCUUCAACCCCGUCGACAAGAGGACCGAGAUCACCUACCUCGAGGAGUCUUCCGGCAAGCUCAAGCGUGCCACCAAGGGUAUGACCGGUAUCAUCAUCGAACUCUGCUCCCGAAACAAGACUUCCGAGAUCGAGGACCAGCUCGAGAACGACGUCGAAGAGUUUGCCCGACGAGGUCUCCGAGCGCUCGCUGUCGCUUUCGAGGACGUCCUCGGUGACACCCCGGACGCUCAGGGUAACGGUUUCGAACUCGUCGGUCUCUUGUCCAUCUUUGACCCUCCCCGAUCCGACACCAAGCAGACCAUCGACGACGCCAUGGCUCUCGGUGUCAAGGUCAAGAUGGUUACCGGUGACCAGCUCGCUAUCGCCAAGGAGACCGGUCGUCGACUCGGUCUCGGUGACCACAUGUACGCCGCCAAGGUCUUGAAGGACGGACCCGUCGCCGGAGGCAAGCACGCCAACUUGGACGAGAUGAUCAUGGACGCCGACGGUUUCGCCGGUGUCUUCCCCGAGCACAAGUUUGAGAUUGUCAAGCGUAUCCAGGCCCUCGGACACUUGUGCGCCAUGACUGGUGACGGUGCCAACGACGCCCCCGCUCUUUCCCGUGCCAACGUCGGUAUCGCCGUCGAGGGUGCCACUGACGCUGCUCGAGGUGCCGCCGACAUUGUCUUGACCGAGCCCGGUCUCUCGACCAUCGUUCACGCCAUCCGAGGAUCCCGAAUCAUUUUCCAGCGUAUGAGGAACUACGCCGUCUACGCCUGUGCCGUCACCAUCCGAAUCGUCGUCUGCUUUGCUUUGAUGGCUUUCAUCUGGCAGUUCAACUUCCCUCCCUUCAUGGUCUUGAUCAUCGCCGUCUUGAACGACGGUACGAUCAUGACCUUGUCGUUGGACCGAGUCUUGCCUUCGAGCACCCCGGACUCGUGGGACUUGGCCGAGGUUUUCGCCUACGGUAUCGGAUACGGUCUGUACUUGACCUUGUCGACCAUCGUCCUCUUCAUCGUUAUCCACGACACCACCUUCUUCGAGGACAAGUUUGGCGUCGAGGCUUACAAGGACCCCAACGCUCGUGAGAUGCACAUGAUCAUCUACCUCCAGGUCGCCAUCAUCUCGCAAGCCUUGAUCUUUGUCACCCGAUCGCACGGAUUCUUCUUCAUGGAGCGUCCCUCGGUCGCGUUGUUCUUGGCCUUCUGUCUCGCCCAAUUGAUCUCGUCCAUCAUCGCCGCUUUCGGUGACUGGGGUUUCACCCUCGUCCGAGGUGUUUCGGGAGGUUGGAUUGGUAUCGUCUGGGUGUGGAACAUUGUUUGGUUCGCCCCCAUGGACUUCGUCAAAUUUGGGCUGAAUAACAGCAUUAUCGCCUGGUUGCAGAAGCGAAAGGCCAGGAAGGCGGCUAUCGCCAACCCGGACGUCGACACCAGCAUCAGGAGGACCGCCUCUCGACACGAGUCUUUGUACUCGAACCGAACGAGCUUCUUGUCCCGAGCUCUCAACCGAACUGGUUUGGGCAAGGGUCAAAAGGUCAACAUGAACCAGAACGAGUUGUCCAGGUUUGGAAGCAUCCAGGCCCAACAAUCUGGUGCCGCUCUCCAGCGAAACCCCUCCCGAGUCUAGACGGUGAUGGGUUCGUGGGUAUAGAUGGCAGCGAUCGUUUCAUCAUAGACGAGAGCAACGAUCUUGAGAUGAUCUACCGGGCUUGGUACUUAGACUUUUAUACUUG